AUGUUCACCUUCUUGGCUUCUGUUAUUAAGGAGUUGUCUAUAGCACCCCCUGAAGCAGUGGAAAUAGUCAACCACCCUCAUAACUCCAAGCUGGAGGUGAAAGAGGGGGAAGAUGUGGUCCUUGAGUGCCAGGUGAAGAACGCAAAACCAGCUGCGCAAAUAGUAUGGUACAGAGGAAACCAGGAAAUAAAAGGGGAAAAAGUAUCAAGCAAGGAAAUAAAGGAAACGGGAUUUGGAAAAACGACAAGAUAUACGACGAUAUCCAGGGUUCACUUCAAAGCUGCAGCGGAAGACGAUUACGCCGACUUCACUUGUGAAGCGAGACACGAAGCUCUGCACAGGGAUAUGCCGAUGCGGAACACGGUACAGCUCAGCGUGCUAUAUCCUCCAGGCGCCCCCUAUAUCGAGGGUUACGCUGAAGGCGAGACGGUACGACGAGGUCAGAGCCUGGAGCUGGUCUGCAGGAGCCGGGGUGGUAACCCACCGGCUCAGCUCAUCUGGUACAAGAAUGGUGAACAAAUACGGAUGGCUUACAGAACCACGGGACGAAUGUCAGAAAACGUGUUAUCAUUCAAGGCAGAUGCGUCCGAUAACAAAGCGCGGUAUACCUGCGAAGCCAAGAACAUAAUGAUAAGCAACACACUGAAAGCUGAAAUCGAUCUAACUGUGCUUUUUGCACCAUCCCACGUUACAAUAUCCGGACCUUCGGAAGCAAGAGUUGGAGAUCCAGUACCUUUAAGCUGCAGCACAGCACCAUCAAACCCAGCAGCAGAUAUUAAGUGGGUGGUUCUGGGCAAACACCACAGGGAGGCUAGCAACCGGACAGUAAUAUCUCCAGAAGGUGGUUGGAUCACCACAUCCAACAUAACAGUGAUUGUGGAACCCAAUCGGCGUUCAAUCGUAGUCGUGUGCCACGGUAUCAACGGUCAGCUAACUGAAAAUGUGGUAGCAACACAUACCAUCAAUGUUCUAUAUCCGCCCUCGGCGCCGAUGAUCACAGGCUACAUUCCCGGGACGACACUCUCAGCUGGUACGGUUCAGAAGUUAUCUUGCAUCUCAACUGGCGGGAAUCCACUGGCAACGUUAACAUGGUUUAAGAAUGACAAAAAGAUACAUUCAACAACGAAAACCACGGAUAAAUCCGUGUCAGCCGAGAUAUCGAUCCUGACGAAUGUCACUGACAAUCAGGCACAGUACAGGUGCGAGGCGACGAACAGCGCCACAGAGAUACCUCUCUUCGAAACAGUCACGCUCAAUGUUCACUUUGCACCGGAAGCAGUGAAAGUGAGAGCUGAACCGGAAGAGCUCAAGCCCGGAAUCGAAGCUACACUAUACUGUGACGCGGCCUCGAGUAACCCCCCAGCGACACUGUCUUGGUGGAGAGAUGGUAUUCCUGUACAAGGUCUUCCGAUGCAGCUCAAAAAAGGCCUACACGGCGGUACAGUGUCCACUAUAGAACUAAAAUUGAACAUCACCAAGGACCUAAACAACGCUGUAUACACUUGUCAAGCGACGAAUGAAGCGCUGCAGCGGAGUGUACACGACGCUUUAACGCUGAAAGUCCUUUAUGCACCAAUAUUCGAUGAAGCAACGCCGUACACAACGGUGGGAGUCGAAAACGAACCGCUGGUGAUCAUGCUUCGAGCUGAUGGUAACCCUCAAAGCAUCACCUACACCUGGACAAAAGACGGCCUACCCAUCACGCCAUCUUCAUACAGCACAUCAAACGACAGAAUAAUAUCCGAAGGCAGUAUGUUAAACAUGACACGGCUGACGCGCCACGACGCCGGCGUCUACACGUGUGAGGCAGUCAACUCCCAGGGGGCGUCCACAGUCAACAUCACUGUGAACGUACACUAUCCGGCAGAAAUAAAGUCAGUCUACCAGACCUCACUGCCCAAUCCGAACGAGAACGCAGUACUCGCCUGUGCGGUGUCGGGAAAUCCUCUAACAGCUGACCAUGUAAAAUGGCAGCGAAAGGACUACGACAUACCAUCAAGAUCAGUGACAUUUGAUGCCAGAAAUCAAACAAGCUACCUUACCAUAGAAGAGGCGUCAAGGAAAGAUGUGGGCAACUUCCAAUGUGUUGUUAACAACGGUAUUGGUGGCGAAGCAAGCCAAGAAGUGAUGUUGGUUGUCAAAUUCAAACCUGAAAUGGAUACGUCACCAAGUUUGGCCAAAUCUGCGUCCAACACUGGUCAAGUUGGAAGAUUGGCUUGCAAAUGUAUAGCCGCACCAGCACCUAGCUUCACGUGGUCAAAGAACGGUGUCAAACUACCAGUCAACACUUCAACCAAAUACUUCGCUGAAUUCCACAAGACAGAUCCAGUAACCUACACCUCGGUCCUCCUCAUCAAUGAUAUAGGUUCCUCAGACUAUGGCUCCUAUGAAUGUGGAGCUAGGAACGACCUAGGUUUUAGUACGACUUCCGUUAAAUUGGAUGUUACAAGUCCACCGGAUCCAGUAAUAUCAAUAGCCGUUACGAACGUGACCCACAACUCCGUGACCCUGUCGUGGGUGCCUGGUUUCGAUGGCGGAUUAUUCUCUUGGUACAGAAUACGAUAUCGAAAAAUCUACGACGAAACGUACAGAUACGAAGACGUUACACCCAGGAACGCGACCUCGUACUCGAUACACGGCCUCGAAAGGCACACCGACUACGUGUUCUCAGUGAUGACCCUCAACAAGUUGGGCCAGAGCAAGUACCGGCCGGAUGACACCAAAGCUACCACCCUUACUUCGUCAGAAGUAGGGGAAUUAAACGUAGUUUCAACAGAGUAUGUCGAGACGGCGGAGUUAUCGAAAAGUCUCAUCGUCAUAAUAUCAGUUAUUAUUGUCAGUUUAGUUUUGGGUAACGCCGCAUUCGUCGCAUGUUUUAUUUUCAAAAGACGUUCUAGACGUUUGAAAGAGCAAGCAGGUCAGUCAUCGAAAUCAGCAACGAUUGAAAUGUACGCUCCUUCGUCCUACAACGACACGAUGACAGGAGAGACACUCAGCUCCGUGUCGGAGAAGUCCGAGACGUACUCCCAGGACGGAGACGACAGACAACCCCCGCCUAUACCCGAAGUCCCCAGCAUGCCAAACAGGCACAUGUUAAAUCAGACGGACGCAUACCUAAUGGGCGAACAGAGCCUCGUCAUCCCCCCACCACUGGACUACCCCCCACCGAACUACGCAGUAUACGAAGGUGACCACGCCAGGACUCUACCUCAUCCACAUCGACACAAAGACAUCAGUGGUCACAGUACUUUGGGAAGAAGUGCGGGUAAACAGAACUACGUCCCCGCCCCGAGCCCGAUGCCGCCGCUCGACGGCUCCUACUACAACAUGGCGUCCGACCGAUAUCUCUCCUACCCGCCGCUAAUCGGAGAAUAUUUGCAACAGCAAGCGGGUCGCACACCCACACCGCCACAGCAGUACUCGUCAGGGAUGCCCAAACCGCAUCUUAUAAACGGAGUGCCCCCCUCCCCCUCUCACAUGACCAGCCCUCCGCUCAACAUGGGAUUAGAUGUUAGUCUAGACAGGCAGUCGGCGGGGGGUACUCUGAGACGGCAGAGAUUCGACAAAAUGGCCGUCCCGCCGCCUGACGUCACGGUCCUGCAUCAAGGGAAUUGCACUCAGCAUAUGCCGAUGACUCAGACGCCAUCCGUGAAACAGCCACAAUCGAUCCUAAAAGAUCCAUCCAGACACAAAUAUGGCAACCAGUACGGCAGCCCGAUAUCUUCUAGCACGCCGCAGAAUAGUAAUUCGAGUCAAAUUCUAACAGUUCAAAAUCUAACCUCAGACGUACCACAGUACGGUACAAUCAAGAAAGAAAACAAAAAACAGAACGUAACUAUUGAUGAAUCGUAUAACAAAAGAAGCGAAACGCACGUGGUCUAA